UAAUUCCUUUCUUCCCCACAAAAUAAAAUUACAAAACGGCACCCUACUCCCCCACUAACAUAGAGGCACCUAUCACCGCCGUCGACCAGAAGAGCCCAACCCAUCACCGCCGUCGCAGAGCUACCGGCGUCGUCUUCCCCCUCCUACGCCGGCGUCUGAGUCCUCUUUCGCAGAGUAGUAGAUGGAUAGCAAAGCAGCAGAGAGAGGAGCAUCAGAAAAUGAAAAGGAAACACCACAAGAACAAGAGCAAGAGCAAGUGGUGAAUCCAUGGGAAGUGGCGGCCAAGGACGGUGGCAAGAUCGACUACGACAAGCUUAUUGAUAAGUUUGGCUGUCAAAGGCUUGACCCAUCCCUCAUUGACCGCGUUGAGCGUCUCACCUCUCGACGUGCCCACGUGUUUCUCCGUCGUGGCGUCUUCUUUGCCCACCGGGACUUCAAUGAGAUACUGGAUGCAUAUGAGAGGGGUGAGAAGUUUUAUCUAUACACGGGAAGAGGUCCCUCUUCAGAAGCUUUGCACUUAGGGCAUUUGAUUCCCUUCAUGUUCACUCAAUAUUUGCAAGAGGCCUUUAAGGUUCCUCUUGUUAUACAACUAACUGACGAUGAGAAGUUCUUGUGGAAAAAUCUGACAGUGGAGGAGAGCAGGAGGCUAGCCAGGGAGAACGCCAAGGACAUCAUUGCUUGUGGUUUUGACAUCAGGAGAACCUUCAUCUUCUCUGAUUUUGAUUAUGUUGGAGGUGCAUUCUAUAGGAACAUGGUGGAAAUUUCAAAGCGUGUAACAUGUAAUCAGGUUGUAGGCAUUUUUGGUUUCAUUGGUGAAGAUCAUAUUGGAAAAUAUAGUUUUCCACCUGUACAGGCAGCUCCCUCAUUUCCUAGUUCAUUUCCGCACCUAUUUUCUGGCAAGGACAAUCUCCGUUGCUUAAUUCCUUGUGCAAUUGACCAGGAUCCUUAUUUUAGAAUGACACGAGAUGUUGCACCUCGAAUCGGAUAUCACAAGCCUGCAUUGAUUGAGUCAUUAUUCUUCCCUGCCCUGCAGGGGGAGACAGGAAAAAUGUCAGCUAGUGAUCCAAAUUCUGCCAUAUAUGUCACUGAUUCUGAAAAAGUCAUAAAGAAUAAGAUAAACAAAUAUGCAUUCUCUGGUGGUCAAGAUUCAAUAGAGAAACACCGUCAACUUGGAGCAAAUCUUGAGGUUGAUAUACCAAUUAAGUACUUAAGUUUUUUCCUAGAGGAUGAUGCCGAGCUUGAACACACUAAAAAGGAGUAUGGUUCUGGACGCAUGCUUACGGGUGAGGUAAAGCAGCGGCUUAUUGAAGUUUUGACUAAACUGGUAGAAAGACAUCGUAGGGCUCGAGCUGCUGUGACUGAUGAGAUGGUGGAUGCUUUUAUGGCAGUGAGACCUCUUCCCAAUAUGUUCAACUAAUUUUGAGAUGUUGAACCAGUCAAUACUGAUCUCUCCAAGAUUUGUCACAAAAAUUCUUCUUUUCCUUGGAUAACAUUCAUUUCUCAACUUCAAGGUUCUUAAAUUUCAUUGGUUUCACAGCAAGUGUAUCAUCUUUGUUAAACAAAUUUCAACGACCAAUAUAUAGUACAAAAUUAAUUAAUACCCUUAAAA